UCCUUCCCAGUCUCGCACUCGCUCUGCAGUAGCACCUGCCUCUGUCUCACACUCGCUAUCUCCUACCCACCUAUCCCCCGUCCGUCCGUCCGUCUAGGUCUGGAGAAGCGGCGAUGGCGGCGCCCGUGACGGUCUACGGGCCGGCGAUCUCGCCGGCGGUGGCCCGCGUGGCGGCGUGCCUGCUGGAGAAGGACGUGGCCUUCCAGCUCGAGGCGGUGGACAUGUCCAAGGGCGAGCACAAGUCCCCCUCCUUCCUCAAGCUCCAGCCCUUCGGCCAGGUCCCCGCCUUCAAAGACCACCUCACCACCGUCUUCGAGUCAAGGGCUAUUUGCCGUUACAUCUGUGACCAGUACUCGGACCGUGGCAACCGGACUCUCCUAGGCCGGAAGGAAGACGGCGCGGUAGGCCGCGCCGCCAUCGAGCAAUGGGUAGAAUCUGAAGGCCAGGCAUUUAACCCUCCGAGCUUGGCCAUCGCAUUCCAGCUCACCUUCGCGCCGCUCAUGGGUAUGGCCACCGACAUGGCCGUGGUCGAGCAGAAUGAGGCGAAGCUCGCCAAGGUGCUUGAUGUAUACGAGCGGCGGCUGGCGGAGAGCCAGUAUUUCGCCGGCGACGAGUUCACCCUUGCCGACCUUGUGCACAUGCCCAACACUGAUCUUCUCGUGAGCAAGACCGGCAAGGCGGGUCUGAUCACCGAGAGAAAGAACCUGUCCAGAUGGUGGGACGAGGUCUCGGCUCGUCCGUCGUGGAAGAAGGUUGUCGAGUUGCAGAGUGUACCACGACCCUCUAAAGCUUGAGGCCCCCUUCAUCUUUUAGUCGAGCAGCUUCUGGUGGUAAUUAGUCACAUUCUGUUAUGUGUUGCCAUUGCUGUUAAAGUGUGAAAUGUGAAAGACUCGGGCCGCUUUGUACUACUCCUUCUAUCUAUCUCUGCUAUUAUUAAGUUUGUGCUUGGUUGGAUUACUACCCUGUUACUUUCUUAAUGCAGUUGCUGUAAGAACUUGAUCGCAUUGCAUAAUCCACAUAAAUCUAUUUAUGAGAUGUUGGUUCACUA